AUGGGGGAAGAAUCCGGAGAGAAAUCGAGACCCGUCAUCGAGAGAGCAAUCGAAUCGAUAUCUUCUUUAAUCUCUCUCUCUCACUCGAUCAAAUCCUUCAGCGUGAAAUGGCAGUUGAUACGGAACAAACUCGACGAACUCUACUCGAGAAUCUCUGCCGUCGAGAAUCUAGAUUCCGACGUCGACCCAUCUCUCUCCAGCUUGGUUAAAGCCAUUCUAUGUUCUCUGAAGGAAUGCCACUGCCUCGCGUCGCGAUGCUUGAAUGUCUCCUACAGCGGGAAGCUCCUGAUGCAGAGCGACUUGGAUGUCAUCUCCGGGAAAUUCGACCGGCAUGUGAGAAAUCUCUCCCUGAUUUACUCCGCCGGGAUUCUCAGCCACGGGUUCGCGAUCGUUGUCUCGAAGCCCAGUUGUAGAGCUUGCAGAGACGACAUUAGGUUUUACAUUAGGGAUUUGCUCACGAGGAUGAAGAUUGGCGAUGUGGAGAUGAAGAGGCAAGCUUUAAUCAAGCUGAACGAAUCCAUGGAGGAAGAUGGUAGGUAUACGAAGAUGGUUAUCGAAAUCAGCGACAUGGUUAAUAUGCUUGUUGAGUUUCUGGAUUCUGAGAUGGGGAUUCAAGAGGAAGCUUGUAAAGCUAUGCUGUUGAUCUCUGGGUUUGAUUUGUACAAACCUGUUUUGAUCCGAUCUUGCGUGGUUGGUCCUCUGGUUAGGGUUCUUGAAAACGGAAACUGUGUUGGUAGAGAAGCGUCCGCAAGGUGUUUGAUGAAAUUAACCGAGAACUCAGAGAAUGCUUGGUCGAUCUCUGCUCAUGGAGGAGUCGCGGCUCUGUUAAAGAUCUGUACUUGCGGUGAAUUCAGUGGCGAGUUGAUCGCUAGCUCGUGUGGAGUGUUGAGAAAUCUUGGGGGAGUUGAAGAAAUCAAGAGGUAUAUGAUCGAAGAAGACAUGGUUUCUACUUUCAUCAAGCUUAUAGGAUCAAAGGAUGAGAUUGUUCAGGUGAAUUCCAUUGAUCUCUUGUCAAGUAUGUGUUCUAGAGAUGAGCAAAGCCGUGAGAUUUUGGUCAGAGAAGGAGGAAUCCAAGAGCUUGUGCUUGUGGCAGAUCCCAAUUCGUUGUCCUCUUCGAAAGCUAAAGAAAUGGCAUUGAGGGCAAUUCACAACCUGUGUUUUGGGUCAGUGAGUUACUUGAAUGCAUUAAUGAAUAGCCAAUUCUUAGUUCAUCUGCAGUAUUUAUUGAGAAAUGGGGAGGCUUCUGUUCAAGAAUCAGCGUUAAAGGUCACAUACAGGAUGUGUAGUUUGCCAAUGGAGGAGGUUAAGAGGAUAAUGGGCGAUGCAGGUUUUAUGCUCGAGCUAGUUAGAUUCCUGGAUGCUAAAUCUUUAAACGUCAGGGAAAUAGCGAGCGAAGCUCUGUAUGGCUUACUCUCGGUCCCGAAGAACAGGAAGAAGUUCUUGCAGGAUGACGGUAACAUUAGCUACAUUCUUGAGUUGUUAGAUCAGGAGGAAAUGAGGAAUGAGAAGAGUGAUUUGGGUGACACCAAGUUAUUGAUUUCGAUAUUGAUGUCGUUAACAAGGUGCAACCGCGCGAGAAGAAAGAUCUCGGCUUCAGGGUACUUGAAAAGCAUAGAGAAACUAGCUGAAAGAAAAGAUUCAGAUGCUAAGAAACUUGUAAAAAAGCUUUCUAAAAAUAGAUUCCGCACCAUACUUGGCAGUAUUUGGCAUUCCUAA